CCUCUCAACGUGAAGAUUGGUAGCAAUCAGCCACGUUACCUGGAUGAAGAAGGUCUGUAUGUGGGCAGACCACCAUCGGUUGUCCCGGCAAAUUUACGUCGGCUGGAGAAUCGGAUUAUACAAGAGACAAAGUCAGCCUUUCUGGCAUUUCCCUCAGUCGUGACAGAACAGCCCGAGGCUGGUGAUACAGAUGUCGAUCAAAUCAUUGAACAAAAACAGGUUGAGAAGAUUCAGACUUGGUUUAAAGAAGACGGGAAUUUCGCAUUGCUACCAAAUCCACUUCGAAGUGUACCGCAACGUCCUCCUGUGUGGGAUGAAUUAUUUAAUCCACUCCCGCCCGAAUUCCAAGUUGAUUACAUACCACCCAUGACCACUGAAAUGACAUUUCGUUACUUGGCUCUCGAAAAUGAUAAUGCAUCUUUUGGGAAAUCCAUGUCUUGGAACUUUGGUCGAACAACGUUGUCUCGACGUCGAAACACAGGUGUUGGUGUGCUCAGUGGUUUACCCGAAUGCCGUUUGGAUGUGGAAAUCAGACAAGUUGUAUUUGACUUCCAUCCACUCUACACGUGGGAACAUGUGCACGCGCAAAAUCUUCGGCAAAUAGUGAUGGCUUACCAAACACAGAAUUCCCGUGAUCAAGUAAACGCGUGCAUCGAACGACUUCGAGCUCUGCGGCGUGCUUUGGAACAGUUGAAGAAGAAAAAACAGCAAGCUGCGGAGGAGAACAGUGAAGAAAGUUCCGUGCUGAUCGAAAUGGAUGCCAAUAUUGAACAGUACGAACAAGAAAUAAGUUUAAUCCGUCGUUCCCGGAAUCAUGCCGAAGCAAUCCAACGUGGUUUGUUAGCAUCCGCGUUACGUGCAUGGAAGCGUGUCAAACAAGCUCGCGAAAAGGCCGGUUUCACCAACACCACGGUCCGUUUGAAUAUUACACAACCGUUUUUCAUUCUCCAUUUACACGAUAUAGCACAACCCAUCUUUGCGAGCUUGUUGCAGGCCACAGAACUCGCUCGUCUCAGCACUAGCCCCGGAAAUAUGACUCCGGUCGGAAAAUUUCACAAUCUGAUUACUUAUUUCAUAGAACUCGUCGAUCGGGUUAAGGAACAGAAGGAAUGGGACAAGGAAUUGGAAGAUAUUGUGGAAGAGGCCAGACGGAUGCAUGAACGCCAGUCCAAGUCAUUGCGACAAACAUACGCCCAAGAGUUGGUUACCUAUCGGCAACUUAAAAAACAUCAAGCUGCCGCGAUGAGGCGACAAAGAAUGAGGGAAUCGGGAAAGGAGACGAAUACAGAUGACAACGAGACCGCAUUGAUUGAGACGGAAAAGGAAGAUGCUCACAUUUUGGCCGAGGCACGUCGGAUCAAAGCCCCCGUGCCACCUGCAAAAUUCAACGCCGCGAUUGUCCGGGAUCAGGCUGAGACACAAAUGAUGAAAUCACGUCGAUUGCCAGGCGAACCGAAAAUUACGGUCGCCUUGAGUGAACAAACUCCCCUGACCCCUGAUGAACUUUGUCCUGAAUCCGAACUGCUCCGACGCGCGGAAGUGGCCAAAUACUCCUACUAUGUGAAACUCUAUUUCAAUCACAAAUAUGUGGAAAAAACUAACAUUGUGUACGUUGCCCCUUUUUCUUCUCUCUCAGCAAUUAUUUAG